AUGCAGUUCAGCUCUCUUCUCGCCUGCCUUAUUAUGGCGCCCUCGGCUCUGGCCAUCCCAACCGAACUCUCUUCUGGAGAGAGUGCCCUUGCCCUCAGAGCUGCUGAGAAUAUCGAGCUUCCGAACGAUCUCCCCGAGGACGCGAAGACUGUUCUGGAGACCUAUUUCAAAGAAACCGACUUGGACCUUGAGCGCAGAGAUAUCGACAAGCGAAGCGAUGUGCCCUUUUUGCAUUGCGGAUGGCGUCGUUUUUACAGCUGCCUUGGAUCUCUGGCCUCUGGUAGUGUCACCUGCAUGUGGGCAAUCUCUGCUCGCGGCCUCGAUGUGAAGGAAGACUCCAAAUGCACUGCUGCUGUUGUAAACAGCAUUCUGGCGGCUUCACUCAACUGCAAGCUGUGUGUCACUGGUCACCCUUGA